AUGGACAACAACAGGCAGCUGCCCGACCCAGGGCGCAAUCAUCCCCCUUCUCGUUUAAUGGCCUCCUCAAAUUCACCACAGACCCGCCCCAUCGCUCCAUACCAGCAGCCUUCUUUACCAUCUAUUCGUCAACUCCACCCCUAUCUCCCACCUUCAGGCAUGGCUCAACAUUUGCCCCCUUCAGACUCAUCCGCAUACACUUAUCCACUCCCAAGCCCUUAUUCAGGGCCUUCUGGCUCCACCGAAAUUCCACCACCUUCCUCCCAGCAUGCCCUAUACAGUCGUUCGGAAAUGAUGGAUUCUGAGCCAGAAGGUGAAGUAGAGCAGCAAGGUCCUGCCAAAAAGAAAAGGCGACGACAAGCUCUGAGUUGUAAUGAGUGCAAAAGGCGUAAGAUUAAAUGUGACAGAGCGCAGCCGUGUGGUCCUUGUACAAGACGUGGUGAACAGUCAAAAUGCCAAUGGCGAACUUUAGAGCCUGUGGACAAAUACGUCAGUCGGGCGGAAUAUGACGACCUCAAGGCUAGGAGUAAGGCUGAAUACGACGAACUCAAGGCUAGGCUUGAUCACCUUGAAUCUGUGGUCUCUCGCAUUUUCCCCCUAGCAGGCGGCCCUGCCAACGUGCCCAUGUAUUCAGUCGCUCCUGAUAUCUCAGGGGCGUCGUCCUCAGAGAACGUAACCUCGUACCACUCUGGUCAUUCGUCCGCGGGUCAAGUCUUGUAUCCGGGAAAUGUUCCCCCAUCAUCUUCUUUCACUCAAGACCCGGCAAAAUCACAAUCUUAUGCCGGCUCUUCCUCACCUCAUAUCGCUGGAAUGAGUCACGGACCUUCCAUUUCAUCGUCCUCGAAUAUUCAAUCAGUCCCACAAAGUGCGGGCCCAUCUCAUCUCCGCCAUCCCUCAGAUGCAAAGUCCCCAACUAUUGUCAGACAGUCUCCGCUCUCGCUAGCUUCAAUCACAUCUCCCUACAACGCCGAUCCCCAGUCAAAAAACUUCCACGCGCAGACGCUCAGAAUCCUGGGCGAGCGUCUGCGCCCGGCCCCAAAAAGUUGGAAAGGCCCAGUGGAACUUCUUUGCGACAUCCUCAAGCAAUGGAACAUGCUGCGACGUCCAGCUCGGCCAACGUCACAAUGGAAGGCCCAUCAAUGUCACCAGGACACCACAUAUCAUCAUCAUCCAGACGUUAUGGUGAUCCUUCCGUAG